CCAGUGCAGCCGGGAAGAUGACCACCUGUCUUACGGAGAAGUGGGAAUGCCGGUUCCGCCCUUUGGCUGCACCUUUUCUGCAGCCCCGAAUCUGGAGCACGUACUGGCAGUUGCAAAUGAAGAAGGAUUCGUUAGACUGUAUGACACUGAAGCUCAAUCUAGCAGCAAAUUUAUCUUUAAGGAAUGGCAAGCUCACUCAAAUGCUGUCUUUGACAUUGCCUGGGUACCAGGGGAACAUAGAAUUGUCACUGCUUCAGGAGACCAGACAGCCAAGGUGUGGGAUGUGAGAGCUGGGGAGCUUCUUGGCAUAUGCAAAGGUCACCAGUGUAGCCUCAAGUCAGUUGCUUUUUCUAGGUUUGAGAAAGCUGUCUUCUGUACUGGAGGGAGAGAUGGAAACAUCAUGGUUUGGGAUAUCAGAUGCAACAAGAAAGAUGGAUUUUAUAGGCAGGUGAAUCAAAUCAGUGGCGCACACAAUGUGGUUGACAAGCAGACUCCUUCAAAAACAAAGAAGAGGAGGCAGAACCUGAGAGGACUUGCUCCCUUGGUGGAUUUCCAGCAGAGUGUAACUGUGGUGCUGCUUCAGGAUGAGCAUACUCUUAUUUCUGCAGGAGCUGUUGAUGGAGUGCAGCAGUGGUACGAAUUGUGCUUCUGUGGUAAAAGUUCAUUUAAGGGCCUUAGCUAUGGGGCAGAAGAAGAACAGUUCUUAUGUGUCUAUUCUUAUGGCGCUAUUGGACCUGUGAUCAAAGUAUGGGACUUGCGCAGGAACUAUGCCACUUAUCGUCAGGAUCCAGUGCCAUUUAAGUCUUUUUGCUACCCUGGGACCAGUACUCGCAAACUUGGAUAUUCUAGUCUGGUUUUGGAUUCCACUGGCGCUAAUCUGUUUGCUAACUGCACAGAUGACAGUAUCUACAUGUUCAAUAUGACAAGUUUAAGGACCACUCCAGUGGCAGUUUUCAGUGGACACCAGAAUUCUACCUUUUACAUCAAAUCCAGUAUUAGCCCAGAUGACCAGUUCCUGGUUAGUGGCUCGAGUGACUGCAACGCGUAUAUCUGGAAGGUUUCUGAGCCCAGCCUUCUUCCACGGAUACUGCUUGGUCACUGUCAAGAAGUUACCUCCGUUGCUUGGUGUCCUUCAGACUUCACUAAGAUUGCUACGUGCUCUGAUGACAACACUGUGAGGAUUUGGCGCUUACAACGUCGUCCUGAGGAGGAGAAAUCGGUGUUCAGCAAAACUAACUUGGUGGGCUGGGUCACUCGGAAGAAACCAGAAGAACAAGAUGGAAUAGGACUACUGCCAACCAGCCCACAGAGUACUCCUGCCAAAGUCUUCACAGUGGGCAACCCAAGUAUUUCCUCACCACGUCCAGCUGCCUGUGCUCCCAGUUAUUCUGGAGACCUUCCUCUUUCUACAAACACUCCAACAGGCUCUCUCAAAACCCAAAUGGCCACAACCUGUACGCCAGCAAAGCAGAGCAGAGCCAGCCCAUGUGCUUCUCCCAAGCUGAUACCUUCCUCCAAAACGUCCAUUAAACAUUGGGUUACUAGAACUCCAGGCUCGUCUCCAGAUGUGGGGAAAAAGGCUCCGUCUCCUAGGAAAGCAUUGGCAGAAGUCACACAAGGUCUCUUGGAGACAGCUUGUACUCCUAAAGCAGCGCACUCACAGCUUGAAAAGCGUGCCAAGAGAAGGCUUGAUUGCAGCAAGGAAGAUGACGUGGGGCAGAAGUGUCUGCAGACCUGUGGCUGCGUGACUGAACUGGACCAUGUGGCUAAGAAAUCCAAGCUAAAUUUAUGUCAUUUGGCUGCAGGCCAAAAAGCUUGUGAUGAAAGCUCUCUGAGUCUGUCUGAGUUGGAUAAUGACCGUGGAGGCUCUAGCCACAGCCCAAAAGAGUGUUCUUUUCCUGGAAGCGCUAUUAAUCUAUCAGGAGUUCAAACUCCUCCUCUUCUUUUCAGAUCUCCUUGCGGGAAAGGGACUGACAUAGUAGAUAAAGAAAAUAGUUCACCUGAAAGAAAAAACUGGCUGUCUGUUCUGGGAGAGAAGCUAAGGACUGGCAAAGCUGGCAUCCAGAAUGCAUCAAACAGCCCCCCAUCAUCUUGUAAUCCCAGUGCAAAACGACAAGAGGCAGCAGCAGUGGCCACUUCACCAAAAGCUGCUGGAAGCACUUCAGUUUCCAUGAGGAAGAUCUGCACAUACUUCCACAGAAAGCCACAGAAUGACUAAAGCAGUGUGCGGCAGUUGUACCUGGCAGAUGUUGACGCUGUGGUACCAAGACCAGAUUUAGCAACGCUAACAGAGCAACACACUGGCAUUACACAGCUUGUUGUCAGACCUUAAUAAACAUGGAUUUUUAUUCUCCUGUUUUUAAACCUGUUAACACUUGAAAUCAGCUGAGCAUGGAACACUUGCACAAUGCUUAUGGAGACUCAUGGUCUUAGUUCAGAGGAUGGAUUUCUCAAUACUUUUUUUUGUUUCAUAAAGAAAGCUGAAUGUUUUUCAUAUUGCAACUGCUAAAUUCCAAAGGCAGGAGCAUAUUUGCUGUGCGUUGUUGACAGGCAUGUACAGCUUGUCAGUUCAUGUUACUAAUCUGCUACUGAAAUUUUCUCUACUUAAAAAUCCUGCGGAAAGCCUUUCCACACCCUCUUGAAUAGCAAGGGUUAGGAUGUCUGUGGGGACACUCUUACAGAGGGUAGACCUGAGCCGCUUUGUGCUCUAUGGUAUUUCUACAGCUGUUCUUCUAGUACAGAAAUGACUCUGUUUUUGGCAGAAAAAUCAUAAACAUGACUUCCUGUAAAUAUAAAAGACUUCCAAGUGCCCUGCAUAUCUGUCUCUAUCUGAUGACACAGGUGGUGAUUAUAAGAGACAAAGUAUAGUCUUGUAUGUGAUGCCUGUACUCCUCUCGCCAUCCCCUUCCCUUUCAGUCUGAAAACUUCUGUAGUUACAGAUUUAGCUGACUUGUGGUCCAUCAGCCCUACAGCUGUUAAGGCUGAUAACCUAUCACCUCUUUGAAGUAAAGUAGUGGUGAGGUGUGUAACAAAGGGUUAGUUUAAUCUAUCCCAAAUAGGCAUUCCAUAGCAGAUGGUUGCUCAGUGACCUCUCACAGAUUCAGCCUGUAGCAAAGGCACGAAUAACUGCUUAUGAAGUUAUUUUAUAACACUUUUAAAAACAGCAUUUAUCAAAUAAUAACUUGUAAAUUUGGGAGGCACUUGACAUUUUAGAAAGCACUUGACAGUUUACGUAUUAAUUAUAAAUGCUUUGCCAUCUGUAAAUCAUCACCGCUGCUGACAGAAAAAGAUCACUAACUUAAAUGAGGACAUGGUCCUGCUGGCUUCUGAUACUAACUCCUAAGUUUCCAUAGCAGUAGCUAAUAGAAGAUCCACAUCUUAGGUUGGAGCAUUUAGUCUGGCUUCUGAUGUAACAGUUUCUAUGAACUUUAAAAAAAAAAAAAAAUCUCUGAAUCCCUAUUAAGUCUUCAUACUGCAAAAGUAUUGAGAUAAUUGAAGAGGAUGUGAUCCAACUAAUUCAUGUUUUCUAUCUGCAAAUUUCACACCUACUCUUCAGUGCCAUUGAGUAGCAUGGUAGCUGAAAGGGAUUAGAGGAAAACAUUUUGUCUUAUAUUUUAUUCUAUUUUGUGGACUGUAUUUUGCAAGGAAAUAAAUGACAUAAGAGAAACUGGCUUUUGUGAAAGCUCUCUUACAGCUGUAAAGCAAAAAUAAGUAUGUGUAGUGUGUUUUUAAAAAAAAGUGGUUGUCAUCAAGUUGCAGCUUUUGGCAAGAGCUAAGGUAUGAAUAGGAACAGAACAACUCUCUUGUUUACUGAAUUUCAAAUUACCCCACUAGCUUUGAGGAGAUGGCAUCGUGUUAGAAGAAAGCUGGAAAGGCAUUGUCAUGCUUCUGCCAUUUAUAAUGUUUCUUAAUUAAACAUAUGGAUUUUUUAAAGUGAUAUCUGAAUAGAUCUAGUGUUUUGGGCAAAACAGGAAUAAAAAUAAGCUGUUAAUUUAAUGUUGAACCACUUCUGGACAUUUAACUUAGUAAGUAGAUGGAAGUAGCUGAAACAUAGUGUAGAAGGCAUCCUAGUACAAGGAGGGCAGUUUAGCGUUGCCAGAAGCAUUUAACAUGCUUGGGAUUUAAUUCUAUCUUAACAGUAAUUAAUCAGAGCAACUACGCUAUGGUUCAAAAUGCCUUGGUUACAGCCUAUUUCCCUGCAGGAUUCUUCCAGUCAGUUUGUAAAUAGCAGGUGGAAGAGUAAGGAGAUCUGAACUCUCUUGAAGUACCUGAGAGUCUGGUUAGCAAUUUCAAAAGCAGUAGGAUUUUAUGAUCCUCCCUAUCUUUCGUAAUAUUUUUCUCCUCCAGAAAUGUCCCACACACAAACCAUCGUCUCCUAUAUGUUGUAAAUGAUUAUCUAGGGUGAUAAACAGUAAUGGGUGAGCACUUGGAUUAAUCAUCUUGCAUGGGACUAUGAGAUUCUUCCUCCUUUUAAAUGGUACUUGUUUAGCGGAACAGCUUGUUUCAUGGACCACCAGCCAUAAUUUCUUUCGUCUUAAACUGAGGCCAGCUUGGCUGAGAGCCAGAGAAAAAACUGAAACUUAUAUCCUAUGGCCAAGCACCUUGGUCUUACACAACCAUGAGUGCGGAAGCAUAGAAAAAGAAUCACUAAUAGGAGUCCUACAUUAAGUGGUUUAAGGUAGCAAGUGCUGUCUUUACCUGAGACAGUUGC